AUGCCCAUCGGCAACUCCCAAGAUAGCGGCGUAACAGGCGCUGCCAAAUUCACUACCUCAACUGUUGGAAACCUAGUCGGUGGAGUAGGUCGCACAGUGGGUGGCGUUACUGGCGCUGCGACGCGUGGGGUGGGCGAUACCAUCACCAGUGCUACAGGAAGUGCAGGCAAGCCCGUUGGCGAUGCACUGGGUAGUGCAGGAACAGGCGUGGAAGAUGGAGCGAAGAGAGUUGCAAGGGGAGUCGAGGAUGCUGGGCAAUGGAAAUAA